UUCCAGGAUAGAAGGAUUUUCCUGGGAAGCUGGUUUGAAUGUGAGAUCAGCACUAGAAAGGAAAUAAGUAACUGGCAGCUUCUGUAGGAACAGAGAAAUAAGAAAAGGAUAUCAAGUGGCCCAGUUACCUGACACUCCAGCAGCCCUGUGGGACAAGAAGGAGGAUAGUGAGAGAGCUCACUGCAGCAGCCCUAUCACAAUUCAGGCCAAGAGGGAGCAGAGGUUCUUCCAAAGAGACGAAACUGGGCAGAGGCAUUACUUCAGCCACAUCAAAGAUGGUAACAUGCAGGAGAACAUGUAAGUGCUAGUAUUCAUUAGGAAAUCAGUCAUAUAAUUUAAUGCACCCUACAGUGUUUAUCCAGUCCCAUAAGAAUGUAGAAUAUUUCUAAAGCAUAUGUAAUUGAUUUUCACUUUUCUUUGUAGUUCUCCAUCAUCCAGUUAUUUAUUUUUUCUAACAAGUAUGGUUCAAAUACUUUCACAAUAUUGUAUAAAUACAUCUUUCCUUUUUUGGGCAGCCAUGACUACAUUAACAUUUAGCUCUUGACAUAUUUUGUUUAUGUUAAUCCAGAGUUUCCAAAGACAGAGAUGCUAUUUUACUCAUCACGGUGCCCGGUAUGCAGCAGGCUCUCAGUAAACACCAGUGAAAAACAUUUAGUCAUAAGCUUCUAUUCUCAACUCUUUUUGUUUUAUCAGGACAUUUUUCCUUGGUCAAAUAUAUUAACACAUACCUUCAUAGUGCAAAAUUGCAAACAUAUAAAAAGAAACUACAUUUUAGUUUCCAAGGGACAAACCUAUAAAACCUGCGAAUAGUCAGCUUUCCUUCUUUGAAACCAUUUUGUAUUGUCAUACCAAUGCAAUUAGACCAGGUAGGGUGAAACUGUCCUCAUAGGUACGUAGAUGGAGCCAGGAAAGUAGAUGAAACCUCCUCAGAAGACUUCAUAAGUCCCUUCGGAGCAGUAACUUCCAAAAUACACUGAUUCGUCCUGAAGUUAUAGCAGCAGCCAUUAUUAACAUAUCUAUGGUUCAUAAUGAGCCCAUUUCUUACAAAGUUUCAAAUGGUAAAAUUUCCAGUGCCUGACAACCAGGUUAAAUCUCUGUUUGUUGUUAAAUUAUUAAGUGAACAAAGGAAAAUGGAAUAUAGAUGAAUAAAAAACACCCUAACAUUAUUUUGCAUGAUGUGAAACACUAACAUCACUGUAGUUUGAGAAUUACAAAUUCAGGCUCAGUUAGGAAACAAAAUCUAUUCUUGAUACAUUCAGACCAAACUCAAAUACCUAAGACAGGCAGGCAAUGCAGUGAAGUGGUAACUGUCCCAGAGUAAGUGCAUGUUUGGACAUUACUGAGUGGAGAAGAGGGCAGUUCACUGAGGAGUGGGCUCCAUUUCAAGGGGGUGAGGCUGACUCUGUUCCAGCCCCUUUUACCAUGUGGGAAUACAGGCCCAAAUUUGCUAGUUCUUAUGUAUUUUUUUUUUUAAGAGAAACUUGAACUCUAGAUUUUUAUUUGAAAACUCCAAAAUUCCAAAUGUUGGCUCAAAAUUUAAAGACAGACUGUAUCUAUAUGUUUUGUAUAAGUAUCUGGCCAGAAGGUCAUCAGUCUGAAACCUCUGACUUUGAGCUGUGUUUGAAAAUAUUUAACCUUAGGACAUGUUUAUGUGUGUUUGUGUGUCUAUGCAUGUGUUUGUGUUGUUGCUGCAAUGAAUACUUGGUGGAAACUGAGAAGAAAACGGAGUUAAGUCACACUGUGAGGAGGGUUCUGAAGCACUGAGGGACUGAGAGAUACAGACACUCUCUCUCUUGAUGGUUACAUAUCAAAGGCUGGCUCCCAGGUCCUUGAGGAAGACAUUCAUGGGUUGUAAAACAGGAAUACCUGCUUAUAGCAGUACCAGCAUGCUUUUACCAGCUGCGCAAGCCUGAGGACCUUGGUCUUUUCAUCUAGAUAAGCUAUGCACAGCAUGUGUGCGCGCGCAAUUCUAAAAAGUUUUCAAGAUUUGGACUCUGCUAUCAUAAUUGUGCACGGAGUAUCUACACAGAAGUGGUCUGCUUCAUCAUCCAAUGAGCUCUGCCUCUUCGUGGAUGUGACACUCCAAUGGAGGGAAGCCAAGAGCCUAUAGUAGCGAUCCUGGGGAAAACUUAAGCAGCUGUGUUCACGUAAUUGAAAACCUCUGAAAAGUGCUGCAGUCCGUGCACAGCGUUAGUAUAACAUGAGGGCUGGGGCUGGAUGCAGCCCGUUCUCUGGAGGACUUCUUUGCCUGCUGCAGGAAAGAGAAGGCUGAAAGACAAACCUGGGUGCAGCCGGAAAGGUCCAGAUAGAUGAGCUUGUGGCAUCCGUUCCCCAAAUUCAGGGACUGCCGUACCUCAGCUGGAUCUCAUUCUUCCUGAACUGCUUUAGUUAAGAUUACCCAAACUUGGAUUUCAAAGGAAUACUUUCAUUGUUCCAUCUGUCACACCAAGUAAUUGGGACCAGCUGGAUGUCAGGAUGCGGGUGGUGACCGUCGUAAUCCUACUUUUCUUUUGUAAAGUCGCUGAGCUCCGCAAGGCAAGCCCUGGGGGUGCAAGAAACCGGGUGAACCAUGGCCGGGCUGGUGGGAGCCGGAAAAACUCCAACCUGGUCAAACGCUAUGCACCAGGCCUCCCCUGUGAAGUGUACACGUACCUUCAUGAAAAAUACUUAGAUUGUCAAGAAAGAAAACUAGUUUAUGUGCUGCCCAACUGGCCUCAGGAUUUGCUGCACAUGCUGUUAGCAAGAAACAAAAUCCGCAUACUGAAGAAUAGCAUGUUUUCCAAGUUUAAAAAGCUGAAAAGCUUGGAUCUGCAACAGAAUGAGAUCUCUAAAAUUGAGAGUGAGGCUUUCUUCGGUUUAAAUAAACUCACCACUCUCUUACUGCAGCACAACCAGAUCAAAGUCUUGACAGAGGAAGUGUUCAUUUAUACACCUCUCCUGAGCUACCUGCGUCUUUAUGACAACCCCUGGCGUUGUACUUGUGAGAUGGAAACGCUUAUUUCAAUGCUGCAGAUUCCAAGGAACCGGAAUUUGGGGAACUAUGCCAAGUGUGAAAGCCCACAAGAACUGAAAAAUAAAAAACUGAAGCAGAUAAAAUCUAAACAGUUAUGUAAUGAAGAAGAAAAUGAACAAUUGGUUCCAAAACCCCAUUUGUCAGGAAAACCCCCAGUCAUCAAGACUGAGGUGGACUCUUCCCUUUGCCACAACUACGUAUUUCCCAUACAGACACUGGACUGCAGAAGAAAAGAGUUGAAGAAAGUCCCAAACAACAUUCCUCCAGAUAUUGUUAAACUUGACUUGUCACACAAUAAAAUCAACCAACUUCGACCCAAGGAGUUUGAAGAUGUUCACGAGUUAAAGAAAUUAAACCUCAGCAGCAAUGGCAUUCAAUUCAUAGAUCCUGCUGCUUUUUUAGGACUCACACAUUUAGAAGAGUUAGAUUUAUCAAACAACAGUCUGCAAAACUUUGACUAUGGUGUGUUAGAAGACUUGUAUUUUUUGAAACUCUUGUGGCUCAGAGAAAACCCUUGGAGAUGUGAUUACAACAUCCACUACCUCUACUACUGGCUAAAGCAUCACUACAACGUGCAUUAUAAUGGCCUGGAAUGCAAAAUGCCUGAAGAAUACAAAGGGUGGUUUGUAGGAAAAUAUGUUCGGAGUUACUAUGAAGAAUGCCCCAAAGACAAAUUACCAGCAUACCCUGAAACAUUUGACCAAGAUAUGGAAGAUGAUGAAUGGGAAAAAGUACAUAAGGAUCACACAGCAAAGAAGCAAAGUGUAAGAAUCACUAUUGUGGGAUAACAGAAUUGUUCUUGUUGCAACUAGUUUUACCUUUGCUAUACUGGUGUUGGAAAACUGCAUGUUUACAUUUUGAUUAACUGUAUUACUUAUUUAUGCAGGAUUAUUCAACUAAAGGAAGGUUCCCUUGAUUAUUAUUGUUGUUGUGACAAUAUAGUAAUCAAAGGAAUACUCUUAUCCUGCUUGCCUGCCUGUUUGCCGAACAGCUUUUGAUGAUGAUUCCACACUGGUAACCUGCAGAAGUUGGGUCCUAAUGAUGGCAUUAGAUUUUCAUAAUGUCCUGUAUAAAUCUUUUUACUGCUUUUUGAAAAUAAAAAAAAAAAAACUUGGUUCAUUUUUACAUGCUUUUCAAGAGUUGCAUGCACAUACCUAAAGAUGAUCAAAAUGAAGAGAUACAAAUGAUUAGUAAUAAUAAAAUCUUAUUGUCUCCCCUCUACCCCCUUUUUUUUUCAGUAAGUCAGCUUAUGCACUGAAUAAAUUUCCAUGUUUGAUUCCUGUGCACUCCAAAAUGAGGUCCUGGUAAACCCAAAUUCUCCACUACUUUUCACUGAUCCUUGCAAAAAAAAAAAAAAUGUCAAGCUAAACUGGAAGAAUUGUCACAUGCAAUAAGCCAAGAAUCUGAGAAUUAUAUUAGAGACUGGUUAGAAGACCAGACUCUGAGAAGCAGUUGUACGUGGUGUGAAUCAUGAGCUCUGAACAGGUAUAGACACUAGUAAGUGUGCAAACAGCACUGAUGUUUUAACAGAAUUUAGGCUAUGGAGCUGCCUGUCAGUGGGAAGGAUCUGAGCCCUUCCUGCUAAGCUAAUAUGUGAAGGAGCAUAAAACAGGAUGAAAUUAGGAUUCAGGGUCAGGAUUUGAGAUGAAAAAGAAACAAAAAAGAAAUUGAUAUCAAAAGCAACUGAGGGAGCAGGUGGUAUGGAAGAGAAGCCCUAUGGGGUUGCAGGUUAAAAUUAGCUCACCUAGAAAAACAGAUCCCCAGAAAGAGAGGAAGUAU